GAGGUAGAGAGGCAGGGUGGUGGAGCCGGACCACCCUGGGCAUUGAAAGCACUGUCCCGAACAGCUCCUUUUGGGGGGAGGGGGAGGUCCUGAGAGAACACGGACACAUCAACCAGGGAAGGUCCUCACAUGUUGCCCAGGGACGCCAGGAAAACCAGCUCAGGACCAGGGCAGACGGGGCAGUCCCGCAGCCAGCGAGCCGGGCGCGCCGCCGCCCACUUGCGCUGUGCCCGCCGCAGCCGAACCCGGCCCGGGCGGGAGCCGAGCGGAGAGCGAGGAUCGCGAGCCCAGGCCCGAGUGAGCGCGCUCGGCCGCCGCCGAGUCGGCACCUGGAGGACAUGGAGGAAAGGCCAGCAGAGACCAACGCCAAUGUGGACGACUCGGCGCUCCCCUCGGUGGCCCAGCUGGCUGGGCGGUUUAGGGAACAGGCAGCCGCUGCAAAGGAGACACCAGCCAGUAGACCAACAAGAAGGAAACCACCCUGCUCCCUCUCUCUGUUCCCCCCCAAGGUAGAGCUGGGCCAGAAUGGUGAGGAGAAGUCACCACCCACUGCAAACCACCCUCCUAAAAUGAAGGUGAAGAGCUCGCCUCUGAUUGAGAAGCUUCAGGCCAAUUUAGCCUUUGAUCCAGCUGCCCUGCUGCCUGGGGCAUCACCCAAGAGUCCUGGUCUUAAGGCCAUGGUGUCACCAUUUCACAGCCCACCUUCUACCCCCAGCAGCCCUGGCGUGCGCUCUCGGGCCAGUGAGCCUGAGGAACCACCCGUCAGCUUCGACCAGCCUCCUGAAGGCAGCCAUCUGCCCUGUUACAACAAGGUGCGGACGAGGGGCUCCAUUAAAAGGCGCCCUCCCUCCAGGCGAUUCCGAAGGUCCCAGUCGGACUGUGGGGACCUGGGGGACUUCAGGGCAGUGGAGUCCUCCCAGGAGAAUGGUGCCAAGGAAGAAAACGGGGAUGAGGUGUUCCCAGCCAAGGGCAAGGCCCCAGGAUCCCCUCCUCAGAGCCGGAUGUCCAGCAGGACAGAGAAGCCAGAGGAGAAGGGCAGGGCGGCAGAGAAAGCCCAGCAGCCCGAGAAGGCCAUGGGGAACUCCGAGGAGGGGGCAGGCCAGCGUCCAGCCCAAGCCUCCAGCCCAGAAAGAGAGGAUGCAAGUGGGAGUCCCACGGAGGAGAAACCAGCUGGAGGGCAGACGGAAGAGCCCUCAGAGGUGAAGGAGAAGGCGGCAAGUGGAGAGGAGGAGCCCGGACAGAGGGGCCCAGACACAAAGGGGCCGGAGGAGGGAGCUGGGGCAGAGGAGACUCCGAAGAAGAGUCUCCCUGGAGAAGUGGAGGGGGGCCACAGCUCAGAGCAGGAGACCAGCAUGGAAAAGCAAGAUGAGGGGACCGGCCUUGAGCCAGGCUGCAACCCUGGCACCAGCCAUACCCAGCCGGACACCAGCAGUGAGGUUCUCAAGACAGAGGAUAACACCCCUGUCCAGGAAAUUAAAAUGUGAAGAAGAGCAUAUGGUGCCUCGUGAUGAAGCUGCUGCUCGAGCCAUCCCUUUGGAAGUAGCUGCAAUGAUAGGAGCAGCAGCACAGGAAGCCAUCGCAGAAGCGGACUGGGCUGAGGGUCUGGAGUUAGCCUGAAGACAGGUUGCAGUUUCCCGACCUCCACACCAUCACCAGCUGAGACUGGAUCUGAGGGCAGCAGGCUUUUAUCAAUCAGCUUGAGUUUGUGUCACUUGAUGGAACGUGGUUUAAAAAAAAAAAAAAAGUAUUUAAAACAAUGUGCAGUGGUGCCAACUCCCCAGGGAUACUGGUCCACCUGUGGAGCCCAGACACUGCCCACACCCACCUAUCUCUAUCGCUGACCUCAGAACGGGACUAGGAUUGAGCUGAUCUGAUUUGUUUUGCAUAAAAGGACAGCCUUUUUACUGUUCUAAAGUUUUCACAGUCCUCAAAUGUAAGUAAAAACUCAUUUCAGGUGGCUAGAAACAAGAGUAUCGCUGGAAAUAGAAACCCUGUAAGUUAUGGAAGAGCGUAAGAAAUCCUGUAAAUUACGAGACAGCCUUUCAGCUCUGUCCAAAUUUAAACCGGCCAAUGGAUUUUGAAAACAUUGCACUAAAAGAGGUAAUUAUUGAAACAUUAAAAAAUAUGUGUCCGUUCCAGCAGCAGGAGCUUUUCCCCUCUGCCUGGUAGUUCCUUAGUUGAUGAUAUGCUGGGAGGUAAGCAGCUCUGCUCACUGGCUGAGGAGGAGGAGGCAGGGAGCAGCUCCUUUGGAGAGGCAGAGUGUCAGGUUUCAGGCUACAUUUCCUCCUCCUGAAAGCAGCAGAGCACGACAACCUGAGCAAUGCCUGCCCUCUGCUUUAUCCUGGGGGAAGGAAGCUUGCCCUUCCAGAAGGGGGCCCUCAAGCAUGGAUUAGGUACCUCUUGGGAGGUGCUUUGAGCAUCGUGAUGUGCAAGGUACAUAAUGAGACCGUCCUUCCUGGCUUUCCCCACUUGAGUGGAAACCCAGCCUCUCCUCCUGGACUCGGGAGGGGUGGGAUAGCUCUUGCUUUAAGGGUUCUAUUUGCAGAAUGCAGGAGAUUCAUCAGCAACCCUUUUCCGGACAUAGCUGCUCCCCUCUUCACCCACUUCUGCUGAAAGAUGCUCAUCCAAAACAUAUUUAAUUUUUGGAGAUGGUCCUUACUCAGAUUUGAGUAUUUCAGUGUCUCAACAUGCUGAUUUGGUGAGUGGAGCAGUCGUUUUUCUGAAGGUCUCUUAGACCACACUCUACUCUGACUUCAGAAAGUAGCCUCUCAGACUCAAAGCUGAAAGAUGCUCAUCCAAAACAUAUUUAAUUUUUAGAGAUGGUCCUUACUCAGAUUUGAGUAUUUCAGUGUUUCAACAUGCUGAUUUGGUGGGUGAAGCAGUCAUUUUUUCGAAGGUCUCUUAGACCACACUCUACUCUGACUUCAGAAAGUAGCCUCUCAGACUCAAAGGCCUUAUCUCACCGCUGGUACCUCAAUUUAUCACCCUAUUUACAGUUUUUCUAACUCCAGGAUAGUGUUAAUGUUUGGGAUAUAUUUUUCCAAAAACUAUUUUUAAAUCGAAUGCAGCUUCUAAAACUUGUAAUCUAGUGAAGACUGAUACUGUAAUAAGCUUUGUAUUUUUGCAGAGUUUUUGGGAGACGUGUGUUUCAGUUAUUUUAAGAUCCAGACCGUAUCAAUCAUCUGUCUAUUGACAGAGGUGUAUACCCCCUAAACAAUACAUGGAUUUAUUUAUAUAUGUCUUUGGAUUGUUUAUAUAUUCAUGCACAUAUCUGGGCAAGAGUUUUGUGAAUCUGAGCAUGUCUGUGGGUGUGUGUGGUGAAAGGGGAACGUUGCCACUUUCCCUUACUAGAAAAUGGAAAGGAACAGAUGGGAUGUAGAUGUAAAAAUAAAACUCUUUUUCUUCUGGAGGGUCCAUGUCUUACAGUAGCAGAUGAAGAAGCAAUGAGAAAUGACAAGAAUGUGACGCUGAAGGAGCAUUCAUGAUGGGGUCAAAAGUCUCCCCAGUUCCCUGUUAGUGACAUUAUUGACCAACAAACACAGAGGCCCCAUCCUCAGAUUUUAUUGGUGAUGGGGGCUCUUGGUGGGGAAUUUGAGAAGCUUGAAGCUCAGGCAGGACCCUGAGCUUCCCUGUUGGUGCUGCAGCCUUGCUGUUUACUGCUCUCCUUUCUGGGCAUGUUGCAUCCCAUGGGUGAGACUGGAAUUUCAAAUUUGGAGUAAAGAAAUCUAUUUAUGUCUUAGGUGGUACAGAGUCAUUUACGUGGUACAGAGUCAUCGCCAGGCCAGGAAAGCUUUCAUUUAGGCUUCCUUAAGAGGCUUGAAGGAAAACACUGAUGCUUCACAGGGACAAGGCUAAAGAGAAGUGUCAGAAUCAUUCUUCCACUGCCUUUGCAGUCUCCCUUGAAUUUUUUAAUUUAUUUUUGGUCUUUUUUUUUGUCUUUUUAGGGCCCCACCUGUGCAUAUGGAGGUUCCCAGGCUAGGGGUCGAAUCAGAGCUACAGCUUCUGGCCUACACCAGAGCCACAGCAAUGCCAGAUCUGAGCCACAUCUGCAACCUACACCACAGCUCACGGCAACCCCAGAUCCUUUAACCCACUGAGCAAGGCCAGGGUUCAAACCCGCAACUUCAUGGUUCCUAGUUGGAUUUGUUUCUGCUGUCCCACUGCAGGAACUCCACAGUCUCCCUUGAAUUUUAAAUUGCAUCCCUGGCGUUCCCAUUGUGGCUCUGUGGUAAUGAACCUGACUAGUACCCAUGAGGAUUCAGGUUCUAUUCCUGGCCUCUCUCAAUGGGGUAAAGCAUUGCCAUGACCUGUGGUGUAGGUCGCAGACGCAGCUCAGAUCCCGUGCUGCUGUGGCUGUGGUAUAGGCCAGCAGCUGCAGCUCUGAUUUGACCCUGGGAACAUCCAUAUGCCUUGGGUACAGCCCUCAAAAGACAUAAUUAAUUAAUUAAUUAAUUAAUUAGUGUCCUUCCUUUCUCCAGAGAGGGAGCAAGGAAAAGAAAAUUUGAGUGCUUCGAAGGAAAAUGCCAAAAUUCAAAAGGGGGCUAUGAUGCUGUUUCAGCUGCAUGUGGAACUGGGUAACCAGAUAUGACCAUGAGGAGGAGGCCAGGCACCUCAAACUCAUUCUCCUAACUGAGGUCACCCUGAGCAGGACCCAGUAUACCAGACCAGCUUUGGCCUGUGAGCAGUCGACUAGCCACUACAUAAAUAUAUGUCAGAUAAGGAAAUAAAGGAGUGGACAGGUAACCAGUUCAUUGUCUUCUUUUGAUUAUUGGGAGUGCAAAUGUUCAAUACAACUUGGGUAUUGGGAAUGUAAACAUUUAAUCUAAUUGAAUAAAUAAACGAAGAUCUUCAGCUGCUAAUGAAAGGAACCCAAUGCAAACUGGCCGGUGUAGGAUAGCUGUAUCUUAUGAAUCUUUCUCUUUCUCCCUCCUCUCUCUAGUUACUUAUACAUUGAGUAAUAGAUAUAAUCCAUGGACAGACCUAAAUAUAAUCACUUCAGCAUUAUUGGAAAUCUCUGUUAUUGCUGUUUUCCUCCAUGUUGGCCAUAUUCUCAAGCAGGCUUUUCCUACCCUGCAAACCCAAUGGAAAGAGCUUAUUUUUUCCCCAAUAACUGUGGGGAAAAAACCCUGCGAAGUUUUUCUGUAGGCUCCCUGGGGACCAUAUAUCCACACUGGAACCAAUCCUAAGGAGAUGCCGAGAUCAGAUUGGCUGGCCCUUGGUCACUGCCUUCUCCUGGAGGCAGGUGCUAGGUGAGUCAGUUCUAUUUCAUCUGCAAGGUCUGAAUGGGAGCAUGGGGUGCCUCAAGGUGAAAUCAGCAUGCUGUCACUAAAAAUUGAUGCUGGGUAGAAAAAGACAAAAACAAAAACAGAGCACUGAGCCAAAUGUAAGCUACUCAAAUAAAAAGGAAUUCGUUUUCAUAA